GCCACGGGGUCGCUUCCCACUGCCGCUCCAGCCUCGCCUCAGCCCAGAGCCCCGGCCAGUCCCGCCAUGCGGCUCUGGGUGCUCCUCAGCCUGCUGCUGCUGCAGGAAAUGCUGCCGCACGUUAUUGGACAGCCUGUGAAGAGUAAGCAUCCAAAAGAACCUGGGGAAAACAAAAUUAAGCCUGUUAACAAAAAAGUAAAACCCAAAACUUCUAAAGCAAAGGAGAGAGAAUCUGCUGACUCCUCUUUGAAGUCCCAGUCCAUAUUGACACAGGUGAUGGAUAAAGGUCACUUCCAGAAACUAGCUCCCACUUUAAGCCUGUCUGCAGGACAAAGCAUAGAACUGCGGUGUAAGGGGAGUAAUGUUACUUGGAACUAUCCUUCAUACUUAGACACCUUUAAAGACUCCAGACUCAGUAUAAAGCAGCUUGACAGGUACGGUCAGCUGAUCCUCGCAAACUCCACUGCAGCAGACACAGGUGAAUAUAGCUGCUGGCUUCAGCUGUGCAAUGGUAACAAAUGCAGGAAGGAUGAGACUAAAACAGGCUCAACAUACAUCUUUUUCACAGAUAAAGAGGAACUUUUUGUACCUACUCCCAGUUAUUUUGAGAUUGUAUACCUGAACCCAGAUAAACCUGCAGUCAUCCCAUGUCGUGUUACUACUCCUUCAGCAAAAGUAACUCUGCACAGGGAAUUUCCAGCAGAAGAAAUUGAAACAGAUGGAACUAAUAUUGUUUAUGAUGUGAAGAAGGGUUUUGUCUACCAGCACCCUACUUCUGAUCAUAAGGGUAUUGUCUACUGCAAAGCAGAGUCGCAGGGAGCACCUCAGAUUUCCAUCAAGUAUCACCUACUGUAUGUGGAAGUUCCCAAGGGCCCGCCCUCAACCACAAUUUCAGCAUCAUCCAAUAGAGCAGACGUCAGUGACAGCAUUCAUGUAAUCUGCACAGUCCUUGGUGAGCCGGAUGUAGAUGUGAACUUCAGGUGGCAGUUCCCAGGGCAAGAGUCUGAGAGGCCUGUGAUUAUCCAAAACUUCUGGAGAUUGAUAAACAGAGGAAUUGGACAUACCACAAGAAUCUCAAAGAGCAUUCUUCUUGUUGAGGGUUUUGAAGCCAGAGAUGCUGGAAACUACAUUUGUAUAGCUCAGAACCUCCAAGGAGAAACAACAGUAGCUACUAAAGUUGAACUAAAUUGAUCCAAAGGGCUUCUGGACAUGGAAUGAACUGUAUGUUAUUUGACAUUAUAGCCAUUCAUUUUCUUUACUAAUGUUUAAAUGACAUUUUUCUCUAUCCCUGUCUCUUUUUUUCAUGUGUUGUCAAUGCAUUCCAUAUUCAGUAGCUUGACAGGCCAAAACCGAGUUUCCUACAUCCAGCAAUAGUGAGUUAAUAAACCUACGGUGAAGCAUUAAAGUUUAAGCCUGAACAUGCACAGGGCUUACUAUAUUUAGGAAUAGGUGCUCUUGGGCUUUCCUUUGCAUACGGUCUUUUACUCUUCAAACUCUUUCCUAAGGUUAACCUGCUGUAUGGUUUGUGCUUUUUUUGUGUAUGUGAGAACUGAGAGGAUAUUAAAUAUCCUCAAAAAUUCACCAAGCAGGUCUAGCUCUUCUGAUGCUGUGCAAUUUUACAGUUGAGAGUACUGUACAUGUUUAAAACAACAAAAGAAAACCAAACAAAAAACACCUCUUGUUACAGAAUUAGCCAAUAGCAAAUGUUUAUUUUGCAAGAUUAAUUAAAUUUCUGAAUAUUAUGAAAACAUAAAUGUGUGUGUGUGUGUUUGCAUUUCAUAUACGUAUAAAGACAAACACACAGAAUUCUCAUUCCUGGGGAAGAUUAAUACCAAAUACAUAUUAAGGUGUUAGAGGGCGCUUCCAGAGUCUUGUAAGUGAUUGGCUAUGGUGGAUUUUUCUUAUGUUGUUGCAUUCUUACAACCUCACACUAUGUAGCUUACUGAGAAUUCACUCCUCAACAGAUGUAUGGUGUUAUGCUUACUAAUAAUGUAGCAAGGAGUUUGCUGAAGGUAAAACUUGCAUUUAUUUAUAUAGUAUCAUAUACAGAAAAAACCCCAAAUAAACAACAAAUACAACAUUAGAAUAAUGUUUGAUUACACAACAGAAUCUCUUCUCAGGUUAAUAACAAGUGUAACUUGAUUGUAUUUAAUUUACUUAGCAAACUGAUGUUUCUUAGGAAAAAAAAAAAAAGAUGUUUCAUUUACACAGAACUACAUCUGGAUAAAAAAGCAACUGCUGCCCUCAUCCUGGGUUUAGUUAUCAACGUGAGGAAAGAGACUUUCCAGAGAAGAGGUAAGAACCUGGUAACAAUGUUAUUGGACGUUUUGGCAAUGUUUUUUCUUCCUAGCCUCAAGUACGGACUCCGUGUAAGAUACAACUUCCAAUACUAUCAAAUCAAUAACUGAUUUCCUUCAAAAUAGCUGACAAGUGGGAGAUGUGUCACCUGUUCAGGCUGGUUCAACAGCAGAGCGGAUCAUGGGGUAGCAUCACUUCCUUGGUGACAGUUCAGCAGGAGAGGAAAAGCUGAUGCAAAUGCAUUGUUGCAUCAUUGCUUGAGUAGUGACCCUCGGGUGUAAUAGUUACAUGUACUGAUCACAACCAGUUCUCAACACUGAUUGAUUACAGCUACAGAAGCAAUGCCUUUAAGGAAGAAUUUUUGGUGUUUGGUUUCCCCCCUGCAAACAUCAAAAUAAUGUUCAUAAUUGUAAACAAUAAAAAUUAGUUUACUGUGUA